AUGGGAGGAGAUAUUCAUUUAUGUUCUUUAAUACUUGCUGCAAAGUAUACUUUAUUAUUAUACAUUGCCAAUAUGCUGGGUAGUCUAUUGUCGUUGUUGGCAUCGAUAUUCAACAUUGGCUAUUAUCUUAGCAAACGAAGAAGACCAUUCUCCAAAUCGAAAAAGUUGUCGAAAACUCCGUUGCUUGCCAAGUUCAGUAAUGUUGAUACCGCCUCUAUAAAUAGUGGUUCUUCUUCUUCUUCUACAUCCUAUUCCAAUCAAAAUGAUAUCAAUGUAUUGAUAUCGACAACAUCAUCGAUUUCCACCUAUAACAAAAAUGAAAUUACACCAAUUUCAACACCAACCACUAGAUCACCUUUGAAUCCAUCUCGCUCAACCAACAACAACAAUAAUAGUAUUUCCAGAAAUAAUAAGUUUAGCGACAGUUCUACCAAUAUUACUAGAGAUGUGCAAGAUAAACCAAAGAGAAUCAAUCAAUUGGUUUUCUUUUUGUCACUCGCUGAUUUCAUUGCUUGUUCGACCAUGUUGUUCUCUCAAACAUUUACAUUCUGUGUAACUGUUAGAUCGAUUGUUCACUUUGGUUUUCUAGCUUCUUUUUUAUGGACAAACUGUGUUCAAUUGAUCCAACAUAUCAAUUAUAUUUUUGGAAAGUUCAAAACCAUUCUAUCCUAUGGUAUAUUCGGUUCAAAAUCGGUUGAGCUUAAACGUCAUAUUGCUAAAAAACUUACUUUGUAUAUUGGUGCUUUCUUAUUGUGUUGGGUAUGGGAUUUGAUUAACCAUACGGUUUUCUAUAUUCGUCGAGAAUGUCCACCAUAUUUCCUAUGGGUUCUACAAGAUCUUUUCUCACCUUCUCAAGUAUACGCAAUUACAAAUAGAAAUUAA